CCCCUCAGUGCUCACUCCUGCUACCACCACAAAGCUCCUAUCCAAACCCUGGUUAUCUUAACCCACCAGGGUUACUUUAAGCUCACACUCCUUCCUUUUAUCGUCUCUCUGUUCCCUCUUUCUUUUUCUCCAGCCUCGUCGCCCAACCUCAGGAGAUAGGUAGUGAGGGUCUAGCAGAGAAAAAAAGUAGCAGCAGAGACCAGCCAUAGAGAGAACCCCUCAAUGGCUUCUCUCCUCCUCCCUCUGCUGUUCGCCUUCUUGGUUUGGUUGGCCCCGGCGGAGGGGCACAACAUAACGGCGAUUUUGGACGGGUUUCCCGAGUACUCGGUGUACAACAGCUACCUGAGCCGGACGAAGGUGUGCGACGAGAUCAACUCCCGGGAGACGGUGACGUGCCUGGUCCUCCCCAACGCCGCAAUGUCCGCCCUCGCCGCCAAGCAAUCCCUGGCCGGCAUCAAGAAUGCCCUCCGCCUCCUCACCCUCCUCGACUACUUCGACCCCCAGAAGCUCCACGACAUCCCCCAGGGCACCACCCUCACCACCACCCUCUACCAGACCACCGGCAACGCCCCCGGCAACUCCGGCUUCGUCAACAUCACCAACCUCCGCGGCGGCCGUGUCGCCUUCGCCGCCGCCGCCCCCGGCUCCAAGCUCGACUCCUCCUACACCAAGACCGUCCGCGAGGUCCCCUACAACCUCUCCGUCCUUGAGAUCUCCGCACCCAUCGUCUUCCCGGGCCUCCUCGACGCCCCCUCCGCCGCCUCCUCCAACCUCACUGCCCUCCUCGAGAAGGCCGGCUGCAAGACCUUCGCCUCCCUCCUCGCCUCGUCCGGCGUCCUCAAGAUCUUCCAGUCUGCCAUGGAUAAAGGCCUCACCCUCUUCGCCCCUAACGACGAGGCCUUCAAGGCCCCCGGCGUCCCCGAUCUCAAGUCUCUCUCCAGCGCCGAGCUCGUCACUCUCCUCCAGUACCACGCCCUGCCCACCUACACCCCGAAAUCAUCGCUCAAAACCACCAAGGGCCGGAUCGCCACCAUGGCCUCCACCGGCGCCGGCAAGUACGACUUCUCCGUCGUCUCCCGCGGCGACGACGUCUCCCUCAACACCGGCGUCGACACCUCCCGUGUCGCCAGCACCGUACUCGACGACACCCCCGUCUGCGUCCUCACCGUCGACAACCUCCUCCUCCCCUCCGAGCUAUUCGGCGGCGCGCCGUCCCCGGCGCCGGCCCCCGCGGCGCUGACGCCCUCCCCGGCUCCCUCCCCGGCCAAGGAGGCCCCGGCGCCGUCCCCGAAGUCUAAGACGCCCAAGCGGAAGCACCGGUCACCGCCGGCCCCGCCGACGCCCGCCUCAGAGGCGGCGCCGGCAGGAUCUCCGCAGUCGGCCGCGGACAAGGUGGCGGACGAGAAGUCGGCUGCGGUGAGGCCAUUGGGGACACUGGUGGCGGCCGCAGCGGUCUCCGCGUUGGCGGCGCUGGCUUCAAUCUUGUGAGCGGAGCUUUUGUUGGAGGACUCUUAAGUGGAUUCACGUGGAGCGAGCGAGCGGAGAACGGUUCAUCAUCACUUUCUUUCUCUCUCACUCCAUCUCUCUCUCCUUGUUCUCUCUGGUUAAUUAGUUGAUUUUUUUUUUUUUGGUUAGUCGAGAGAUGAUGGUGUUGCUGGUUUUGUUUCGCACUUGUUAUGGUUCAUGAAUUUGUUGUCUUUUUCUUUGUUCUUAUUUAUAUUUUUGAUUUCUCAUUCCGAGAGCUGUCUAUUUUAAUCCAUGAUGUAGCUAGCUGAAAGGAACCGUUUCUUCUUCUC